GUACAAUCACUGGUACAAUAGCUUUUCCCCUUAAGUAAAGCAGUUACUUUCAACUUCCACUGAAAAAAAAGUCUUUGUAACACAACACAGCGGAAAUGACCAAACAAGUCGUGACGAUGUAGAUUUCAGCUGUAAAUCAUGAGUGCAAAAGUGAGCAGCAGAAUGAAAGAGAGAACAGGGAUGGAGUUAUUAUUUGAUCUUAUUGAUCCUGUAGCAAACGUUCAAACGCACUAGAAAGCAUUGGACGCCACCUUGUGGGAGGCCAAGGUAUUGCCUAAGGGAUACGUUGGUUGUAACGCCUGCACGUUAUUAGGAUCAUACACAGAUGUCUGAAGGGUUAACGGCGACAUAUACACGCUUAUUACUGUGCAGUACUAUCAGCACUAUGCGGGACAGGUAGUUUUGUUCCUGAGCCACAGUGUUUUUGCUGUACAACAGUGUUUUGGCUCCACAUUGGCCUCAACAUGAACUGUGGACAAAUAUGAGACCGUGUCCACCUGCCACAUUGUCAAACACUUGAUUGGAUUUGGCUCAGCGGGUUUACCCUCCUCAGCCAGUUUCUCUCUGUGCUGUUCAGUUUGCAACACGUCCGCACAAAUGGCGCGUCGUCGCUGGUUUUCUGCUUCUGGUGCACGUCGUCUACACGUGUGAGCCACACUGCAACGGAUAGCGUCAGUUAAGUGAUCCACUUUCUUUAACGCAUGGCUGAAGGUGGUAUUUUUCAUCGACUUGCAAGGCGUCCUGUUUCUCUGAGGUAGGCUACGGCUGUUAUGGCAACUAUAAACACCCAGCUGGAGCAUGCAGGACUGAGCGAGUCCACGGGCAGAGUGAUCGGAUCGUCCGCCCGGAAGAUGACCGACAGAGACUUGGUCCAUAAAUCCACCUUCGUUCUCCGACUGAAUGCUAUGUGUUGAUCAGCUGAAGAGAGAGCUGUACAAAAAUAACAUGCAGAAAAUUCAAACGUUACCAUCCUCAGUGGCUCCAGUGGAAGGAAGGUUACGUCGCGGUGUGCCAACCCUGCCGGCAAUCAAGCCAGACAGGCUGAAAACAGCAAAAUCACUGGUGGAGAAAGCAGUGAAGUCGAGGAAAGUGUUUUCAGUGCAGGGACCCUAUCCUGUGAUCCGUGCUGCCUUAUGGGCCAGAGGGUGGGUUGAACGGCGUUUGCCCCAUCCUGUCCAGAGAGCACCUCAUUGCCAUGGUGACGAGGAGGAGGAUGGCGAUGAUGGUGAUGUCAGCGCUGAGAGAGUGGAUGAAGGCGAGAAAGAGGAGAACCUUGAUGACAUGUAUGGCUUCAUGUCGCGCCUGGUUCGAAAUGAAACGACGCAUUUCUACUGGACAACACGUCGCGAUGAUGUAGACUGUCGCUCCUUACGGCAUGAUCAAAUCACCAAUCACUAUGCGAAUGCUGGAACGUUUACUACCAAGGUGGGGCUCUGUGUGAAUCUGCGUAAUCUUCAGUGGUUUGAUACAGCAGAUCCUGACACCUUCUUCCCAAGAUGCUACAGGCUUGGAGCAGAGGAUGAAAAACAAGCAUUCAUAGAGGAUUUCAGGAGGACAGCAUGCACCAGCCUGCUGCAGCAUGUGGUGGAGACAAGUGGAUGGAGACGAGACGGAGCUGCGGGCAAGAAAGAAAAAGAGUUGGAUUAUGCGGAGCGUCGAUAUGUUGAUGCAGGAGUGAUCGACACUGCUUUACACGUGUGUCAAGAGUUUCUAAGUGUUUUAGAGCACGGCGACAUUGAUGUAACUAGAGAAACACCCUCCUCAGUGGAGGAGCAGCAGUGGGCGGAGUUUCUGCAAGACUUCUACAUGAUUGUUCAUGAGGGUGCAUCGAUCAGAGACAGUAGUGGGUUUGUGCAGCGCUGUCAGGCCAUGUUGACAAGACUGCGCGAGGUUUGCCCUCAGCUUGAUACAGACGGACUAAAUAACAUCUGGAUCAUCAAACCUGGUGCCAAGUCAAGAGGACGAGGUAUCAUGUGCAUAGAUCGCCUGGACGAGAUUUUGGCACUUGUGGACAGUGACAGAGCUCUGACUAAGGAGAGUAAAUGGGUGGUUCAGAAAUACCUGGAACGUCCUCUGUUAGUCCAUGGCACCAAGUUUGAUCUUCGUCAGUGGUUCCUCGUCACCGACUGGAACCCUCUGACUGUCUGGUUCUACAAAGAGUGCUACCUCCGGUUCUCCACUCAGCCCUACUCGACAAAAACUCUGGACAGCUCAGUCCACCUGUGCAACAACUCCAUCCAGAAGCACUUUCAGCCAGCCUGUGACCGCCAUCCAGGAGUGCCUGGGGACAACAUGUGGUCCUGCUCUCAGUUCCGUGCUUUUCUGCAGCAGCAAGGCCAUGGGGCAGAGUGGGAGUCAGUGGUGGUCCCAGGCAUGCAGCAAGCAGUGGUCCAUGCCCUGCAGACCGCUCAGGACCUGGUUGAGCCCCGCAAAGCAAGCUUUGAGCUCUACGGAGCCGACUUUAUGUUAGGCAGAGAUCUGAGGCCUUGGCUUCUGGAGAUCAACGCUAGUCCGACUAUGGCCUGUUCCACCGCCGUGACUGCUCGCCUCUGUCCUGCUGUGCAACUGGACACGCUGAGGGUUGUUCUCGACCGACGGACUGAUCCUAGUGCCUACACAGGAGGCUUCCAGCUAAUCUAUAAACAGACUGCAGUUGAAGUUCCUCAGUACGUGGGAGUGAACCUGCUAGUGGAAGGAGCCCCCAUAAGGCAAUCCAGACCUUCACAGAAACAAACUGUUAUUUCUAACCCGCCUCUCAGCAUCCAGUUUCCUUCAAACCAAUCACAGAGAGAGGAGGUUGAAACAACACAUGAACCACCAGGUCAAAGGUCCUCCGCAGUCGCUGCUUUUCGUCGCUCAGGCAAGGAGAACAAAGCUGUUGGGGAGAAAAAGAGGCACCUGACAUCAACAUCAUCUCCAAAGAGGGAAUGUGAGGCAAGAACACAAGUUCAGAAUACCUCCUAUGUUCGCAGGCCAUGUCGUAAUCUGGCGUCUGAGCUGCCUUUGAUGGUGCACACUGAACCUCAGAAGAAAGCACGAUGUUUGGGUUUGGGUCCAGGUGCCAACGGGGCAGCUCUGGUCCCGUGGAGCCUUUCGUUUUCCUUCAACCCACCUCACAGGAUGUCACACAGUACAUCUGAGCCCAGUCCGGGACAUGGAUCACAGAUGUCCAGAUCCUUUCUUCCCCAGACAGCGUUUGAGCACCAACACAGGACUUCUGUGCGGGUCUUUCCUUUACUCCAGGGUCCCCUUCCUGCUGUGGAGGUUUUUAGCUUGCGACCAAAUGUUGGGGCUGGAACCGCUGCCUGUCGUAAUCAAAAAAUGUCAUGUCAUCCCAGCAUCCACAGGCAUCAGUUAUUGCUCUGCACUCGAAGGCAGAGCACAGACAAACACAAAGGACAGUGCACAGUGGGGCAUCAACUCUAGAGGCAUUGGAGAUGGAAAGCAAACAGAAGGAAGUUUUAAAGAGGCUUUGUUAGCAACAACUUUGUUUUUCAUUUAUAUUGUGAUGAAUUGAAACUUGAUAAACAACAUAUUAUCUUCUCACAUUAGUUGUUAAACAUUAAAUAUAUUUCAGUGGUAAAUUUGAAUUUUAUUUUGUUUUGUUUGACUCGAAUCUGAAUGUACGUUUUAUGAUUGUUAUGAAUGUGACAACACUGAAUAUUUGGUCGAAGUUCAUUUGUAUUAAAACAAACAAAAAUAAUUAAUUCAAUUCAAAAUGAUCACUGGUUCGGUAUUUUGGAAAAUAAUAAUCAGCUUGUAUUAACAUUAGCGACAGGGUGUAGGUAUUUUAAGUCCCCAGCAGGUGGCGAUAAAGGCUCAAUGAUCUUAUUACACGUUUAAGCCAGAGUCUUUCUAGGAGAGGGAAUUAAAUAGCAAAGAAUUGGCAGUCCUCAUCCAGAUGUUGGUACAUCUUCAGUAAUAUUUGGUUUAUCUGAUUUGAUCUGAUGACCCACCUCAUGAGCUACUGACAACUGGUUGCUUAACAGACCUCUCCUGCACAAUUUAGACACCUAUACACAUUAAACUGCCACAAAUUUGAUCCAAUGAACUGAAUUUAUUGCCAACAAUUUUAUAAAGAACUAAUCAAGUCUGGGCAUUUGCCUGACCUACAUGUAAAAAAUAAUCAACAAAUGAAAUUGCAGAAGUGAGAUCUACUUUUUUGUGGCGUCUUUGACGUCUAAGUUGAUCAGUUUGACAGAACUAGGAAACAGACAGGAAAUGAAGACAGGUGGUUAGUGCACCACGACCACAAUACUUGUGGUUAUAUGGUGAACAUCUAAAGCACUAGGCCUCCAGGACCAAACUUAUGAGAAAAAAGAAAAUUGCUAAAGUGGCUGAGGUGAUGGGUAAGCUUCACCUUUAAAAUCAGACUGCAAAUGGAAUCUCAUUGCAGAAAUAAAAACUCCUUGGACUCCAAGUGAAUGGAAAUGAACUUAAAGAUUAUCAGUUUAGGAGGAACUAGUAACAUUUAGGUUCCAGGUCACGGACUUUGGGCUUGAGUUUGUACAAACAAACCAGAUAUGGAACAAAGCAACACUGCUACGUGUCCAAAAUGAUAAUGGAAACAGUAAUAAUAUGUGGCUGAAGAGUUUGUGGUGUUGAGUGUUGAGACUGGAUACGCUGCUCUUGUGUGUGAAUGCAAACAUGUUGAUAUCUGCAGCAGGAAAAACCUUGAACGUGCUGUCACGUGGCCAACAAACUUGAUUGCGCAAUACAGUCUUAAGUACAAAGUACAAUUUGCUCUGAUUUAUGCAUCUGCAUGUUUUGAUGUACCUCUUCAGUCUGCACAGCAUAACACAAGGCGCAUAAAUACAGUGAGUAAUGUUGAAAUUGGGAUUUAAACUGGGAUUGUUGCAUUUCAUACUGAAUCACGCAACCAAUAACAAACAUGUCUCUCUGUCAAGGCUGUUGACGAGAUGCA